AGCCAAAGCAUUAACCUCCAAAACAGCUGCCUCUCCCUCGCUCUCUCUCAAGGGGUAUAUUACUAUAGAGAUAUAUAUAAUCUAUGGAGCAGCAAGCGAUUGAUUAUUGUAAUAUGAAUGUCAAGUGCAAAGGCGUCGAGAUGUCGAGAAGCAUGUCAGAUUGUGGGUCUUCAGGAAGCGAAGAAGAGAUGGGAAUCAGGAAAGGGCCAUGGACAGAGGAAGAGGAUACUAUUCUGGCUAACUACAUCUCCCUUCACGGCGAAGGCCACUGGAACUCCCUCGCUCGCGCCGCAGGUCUGAAGCGAACGGGUAAGAGCUGCAGAUUAAGAUGGUUAAACUACCUGCGUCCUAAUGUGCGGCGCGGCAAUAUCUCUCUCCAAGAACAGCUCUUAAUUCUCGAUCUCCAUUCCCGAUGGGGAAAUAGAUGGUCGAAAAUAGCGCAAGAGUUGCCCGGCAGAACGGACAACGAGAUAAAGAACUAUUGGAGGACGCGAGUGGUGAAGCAGGCCAAACAAAUGAAAUGUGACGUGAACAGCAAACAGUUUAGAGACGCCCUGCGUUUCGUAUGGAUUCCUCGCUUGGUGGAACGAAUCCAGGCCUCGUCAUCUCGAACAGCAUCGCCCUGCAGCCAGUACUGCUCCCGGCCGCUGCAUCAUGUGGAAUCUACUUCUCUGUCUGAUCAUUCCAUGGCCAGCGGGGACGACGAUACCUCCUCUCGCACUCACUCUACAGAAACAAAAGAAGCCUGCAGCUCAGGGAAUCGUCACUUGGAGUAUCUGCCAGAGUUCCAGGCAUUUGAAGAAGGCAAUGCUGAUCUGUGGACUUACGAGAACAUAUGCUUCUUGCAACAGCAGUUCGCGGACGACUCGUAGUUAUAUAUUGAUUUUUUUUUCCCCAAAAUAAACUGCGAUGCAUGUGUAGCAUCAUUUGUCUAUUUCUUCAACAAUUACAUUGACUGAUCUUUUCUGACCCCUA